CCGGAAGUGACGUCGACAGCUCACGCGCCUCAGCUGAUUGGCCAGUAAAUCCGUGGCCUGAGAGCGACGCACAGCAUCGGGCUGAUAUCUCGGCACCCGUCGACGGAGCCAAUGCGGCGACAAACGGCAAAAAUUCAAGGUCCGAACGCUCUGUGGUGGCAGUGGACUCAACUCACACCACAACAAGCAGCAGUUUGCCAGGUGAGAGCCAAGACAGACGUGAGGCCCAGACUGUAAUGUAGAACCUCCUGAGAUGUCCAGCAAGCCUCUUACCGCCUUCAUCACUGCUGAGGAAGAAGCAUGAAUCUGCGCUCUGUCCGACGUGAUUCAAAUACUGGUGAGCCAAUGUGUUAGGACCACUCCUCACCAAGUGUACAUAGCCCAUGUUCACGCAUGACAUCAUGGGAAGUUCCCCCGAGGUGCUCUCAUGGACUUCCUGCCCCAGUAUGCUGGUGGGCAAGCUGAAGGAGGAGCUCAAACACAGUGUAGUUGGGGACUCCAUGAAGAAAUCUAAUGCACCAAACUCUCAAACGCAGCCUCCAUCGGCCCCUCCUUCGUUUUUACCCCCUCAGAUAAUCGCGGACCUGGCCCCACCCACGCACCUGCCCGUGCCCCUGCAGCUGCUGCGCCCGCCCAGCCAGGACGAGGAGACAGCGCUGGGGGGUUUGAGUCCCCAAAACAUGGCCUUGAGCGUAGACUCCACGCGGAGUGGCGGCGGCCACUUUGACAACAGUGUCCUGCAGCUGCAGGAACACGACCACGAGGAACCAGUCUCGCCGGCCUCCUGCGAGCACGGGGGCUGCAGGAGCGGAAUGGAGGAGCAAACCGGAGACGGGGAAUGUCAUGUGGACCACAAUGGAGAGGGGAGGCAAGGUCACCUGCAUCACCCCGACGACAUCAAGCUGCACUUCCACAGAGCAGGGCCCGGGUCGGGUGGCUUCCUGGAGGGGCUUUUCGGCUGUCUCCGACCGGUUUGGAACAUUAUAGGAAAGACGUACUCCACAGAAUACAAGCUACAACAACAAGACAUGUGGGAGGUUCCAUUUGAGGAAAUCUCCGAGUUGCAGUGGCUGGGCAGCGGUGCUCAGGGAGCCGUCUUCCUGGGCAAAUUCCGCUCUGAGGAGGUGGCCAUCAAGAAGGUGCGCGAGCAGAAGGAGACGGACAUUAAGCACCUGCGAAAACUCAAGCAUCCCAACAUCAUCAGCUUCAAGGGGGUGUGCACUCAGGCGCCUUGUUACUGCAUCAUCAUGGAGUACUGUGCUCAAGGCCAGCUCUACGAGGUGUUGAGGGCAGGACGGAAAGUGACCCCAAGGCUGCUGGUGGACUGGGCCUCAGGCAUCGCCAGUGGCAUGAACUACCUGCACCUCCACAAGAUCAUCCACAGGGAUCUCAAAUCUCCCAACGUUUUGGUCACUCACAACGACUCUGUGAAGAUAUCUGACUUUGGAACGUCGAAAGAGCUCAGUGACAAAAGUACAAAGAUGUCAUUCGCUGGUACGGUGGCCUGGAUGGCGCCAGAAGUGAUUCGAAAUGAGCCAGUGUCGGAAAAAGUGGACAUUUGGUCAUUUGGAGUUGUCUUAUGGGAACUGCUGACUGGAGAAAUUCCCUACAAAGAUGUCGACUCUUCCGCUAUUAUCUGGGGCGUUGGCAGCAACAGUCUUCACCUCCCUGUGCCCUCCACCUGCCCGGAUGGCUUCAAAAUCCUGAUGAAACAAACAUGGCAAGGCAAGCCCAGAAACAGACCGUCGUUCCGUCAGAUCCUCCUACACCUCGACAUUGCCUCGGCUGAUGUUCUGGGAGCUCCUCAGGAGACCUACUUCAAGUCUCAGGCUGAAUGGAGGGAGGAAGUGAAGAAACAUUUCGAGAAGAUCAAAAGUGAGGGCACGUGCAUUCACAGGUUGGACGAAGAGCUGAUCAGACGCAGGCGGGACGAACUCAGGCAUGCGUUGGACAUCCGGGAACACUACGAAAGGAAGCUGGAGAGAGCCAACAACCUCUACAUGGAGCUCAGUGCCAUCAUGCUGCAGCUGGAGGUCCGAGAAAAAGACCUAAUGAAGAGAGAGCAAGCUGUGGAGAAGAAGUACCCCGGGACCUACAAGCGCCACCUCGUAAGACCCAUUGUCCGGUCCAAUGCUGUAGAAAAGCUAAUAAAGAAGAAAGGGAGCAUUUCUCACAAACCUGGGAUGCCCACCGCCAAAAGGCCAGACUUGCUGCGUUCUGACGGUAUCUCCAGCGUGGACCCCCUGCCGUCCCCGUCACCACUGUCCGCCAGCCCAAAGGUGUCCACGCCUCCUGGCAAAGCCCGCUACCGAAGCAAGCCCCGCCAUCGCCGCGCCAACAGUAAAGGAAGCCAUAGCGAGUUCCUCGGGGUGCUGAAAUCGACCGCAGGAGUGCCGGAAGACGCCCAGUCACUACAGGAGCAACCUCCCCGCCACCAUCUUCACCACCUCCCCCUGCCAACCUGCGGACCCACACUCCCGUUGAAGGGCCGCGAAGAGGCCGUUGUAAACUGUGCCAAUAACCUGCGUUAUUUUGGCCCCGCCGCCGCCCUCCGUAGCCCUCAGACUGAUCACCUGCAGAGGCGGGUUUCGGGUUCCAGCCCCGACCUCAUCUCCACGGCGAUGGAUGCAGACACACGUCAGCGGACCUCAUCCACCAGCUCCAAUCCCCUCCCCGGUGCCGGUCCUGGCUGUCCCUGCUGCCAGACUCACCCUCUCCCUGGAUGCGUUCAAUGUCAGGAUACCACUCCUGCAUCCAUCCAGCCAGAGUUGCCCAGCUUUUCACUGCUCAGUAUUCAAGAGGGAAGCCGGUCGACUUUGAGGGCUCCCAACAAAGAUCCCGGUUCUAAUGGGGAGGUCUCGAAGAAGCCCGAGCCUCAAGAACAGGAGGCCUUUCAAAACAAACACACCCUUCCUAAUGCACUUCCCCGUACACUCAGACCUCUGAGGAAGGGUGGAGAUGAGUCGUCUGAAGAGGAAGAAGGAGAGGUGGAUAGUGAAGUGGAGUUUCCAAGGAGACAGAGACCUCAUCGCUGUAUGAGCAGCUUCCAGUCGUACUCCACGUUCAGCUCGGAGAACUUGUCCGUGUCCGACGGCGAGGAGGGAAACACGAGCGACCACUCCCACAGCGGGCCCCUGGAGAGGCUGAGCGCCAGCCAGGAGGAGCACCUGGACGAGCUCCUGUCGCACACGCCGGACAUCCCAAUCGACAUCAUCACCCAGUCCGACGGCUUGUCUGACAAGGAGUGUGCCGUCCGCAGGGUCAAGACCCAGAUCUCCUUGGGAAAACUGUGCUCGGAUGAACACAGCUACGAGAAUCCUCUCCAGUUUGGGGACUCAGAUUGCGAAUCAUCCGAAGCCGAGUGCUCAGAUGCCACCAUCCGAAACAACAAAGGGGCCCCUUCCUCGUGGUGAACGCUUACCAGGCACUUGUCUUCUUUUUUUUUGCUUUAUUGUUUUGUUUUGUUUUUGUUUUGUUUUUUGCCUGGAACCAAUAGUGUCCCACAGGGUCCUGCAGAGAAUACAGCAAUAAGAGGACAAUGAUGUCAAAAAAAAAAUAUAUAUAUAUAUAUAUAUAGCAAUCUCUCUCAGAAUCCGCCCUCCUCCUUUUACCAGGCCUUCAUUCCCUUAUCUUCAGCACAGCAUCCAGGCAACCCAUAGCAGGAAUUCCCUUUUAGAAUGAACAUGUACAUUAGAUUCAUAGUUUAUUUUUUAAUUCUGAAGGACAAUUCAGGACAUCGGAGUGGAGAAAAAGACUCCUAAUAAAGCCUAUUUUGCAAUUUACGUGCUAACGGUUAACGGCGGUGAGUGAGAUGAAGACACGGGUGGUGAAGAGUGAGGUGGACGCAUGGAAGCAUGAUUGGUUUUAAUUCUGACAGCGAGCGGUGGGGAUUUCCAUCAUUGUUUAUCUCUCAGGUGACCCAGAUGUGGAGCUCCAUGCCUUCAUCUGGCUGUAGUCACUGUCUUCAUUUUUGGGGGGUUUUCAUAGCAAAAUCCCCAAAUCAGCACGCGGCACCAUCUAGUGCAGUGUUUCCCAACCUUUAUUGAGCCAAGGCACAUACUAUACAUUCGAAAAAUCUCACACCUUCUCACAGGGCUUUUCCACACCAUGACAACGAGGCGCUCUAAAGCGACCACGCCAGCUCCAAGCCUCAGCCAACACACUAGCUGUCAAGUCCGACUUAUUUAUUUAUUUUUUUUCCCCCUCCACUUGCUAUUCCGCCUUUCUCUGCGUGACGUGCGUGCACUCACAGCUGACAAUGAGGCGCUCUAAAGCAGCCACACCAGUGGACUAGCCGAAGGGCGGAUGCAUUUCCGGGAUGUAGGCAUAGCAACAUGGCUAACUGCAUGUCAUAGUUAUUUUAUUUUUUGUAAUCAUUUUUUGUUUAACCAGGUAAUGCAUUUGAGAAAAAAAGAUUCUCACUUGCAAUGCCGACCUGGAGGCAAUUUAGGUUUCCGUGUCUUGCCCAAGGACACUUCAACACUGAACCCUUCGGUCACUGGACGACCCACUCUACCAAUUAAGCCAUUGCCACUGAUGCGACGGAAAGGUGCUCCAGUUCUUAUAUCGUGUACUACAGUAUAGCGCCCAAAAAUCAGGAAAACUUAAAUUGUGAGAAAAUAACGGUAUAUGGCCACAGCUGAGCACUACAUAGUUCUGUCUUUGCACGUUUUCAGCAAUUAUCUUCAAACAUGUAUCAUGUAUUUAGAAACAAAAAUGUCUGUAUUCACUUUUCAGGGUCUUGAAGUGAAAUUGGGUGAUUUUCCGCAGCAUACGUGAUGAUGUCUCACGACCACAAUGGUUGGGAAUCACUGCUCUAGUGCAGGGGUAGGGAAUUUUUUUCUUAUCAGGGGCCAAAGACCAUACGAAAUUUCUGAAAAGACGUGACAGCAAUGCGUCAUACAAAUGUUAACCAUAUAUCCAGAAAAAAAAAUGGGGGCUUCCUCUGAGGUUUUAUCAGGCCAGAAAAACUGCUCUCGCUGGCCAUAUAUGUGCAUGUACGGUUUCCCCCGCUCCCGCCCAAGCAGCAAAAUAUCAACUGACUUUAUUUUGAGUUCACAGGAACCUCCCGUCCCACCCUCUUUGCCACCAGAACCGGUGGUUGUCCCAUUACAAAGCUAACAUUACAAACACCAGCAUGACCAACCUUGCCUCAUAGCCGGACUCCGUUAUGUCCACUCAUCAGGCUGUGAGCGCACCCAGCAUGCAUGAGACCGCAUUAGGUGGACCAGCUAUAACACGGUGAGAUGGAGCUGAGGAGAAAGGCUGAAAUGAACAAAACAAGGACGAUAUCCAGCUUAUCCUUCUUCUGUCAUCACGAAACAAAUGAUCCUAUCAGUGUGUGAGGACACACAAAACCCCCGUUAGACAUUACAGUUUCAAGUCUCAUCUCAGGAUUGUUGGACAAAAAACCGGAACAAACUGGACUGGACCAAUUACUGUUUGUCAGAAUGUUGUUUGGACAACCGUUGUUGCUUUUAGUACGUUUCCUCAAAUAGUGGCCUCUCUUCUGCUGAGACCGUCACUACCUAGUAAUAAUUAUGCACGCUAAUCCCCUGCUAGUAAUAAUAAUUAGAAUUACAAUAGCGAAAAACGGAGUAAUUAAUGCCCCCCAUGAAUUUUUUCAUUAUUUUUUUAGAAUUGCCUAUAUUAAUAGUUUAAAACUAAAUAUACAGUUAACCCCACAUAUUUGUCGUUUGACAGCGAAUUUGUCUAUUCACAAAUUUGGGGGUGAGGGACCUAACCUGUUUGUUGAAAAACUCCUAUUCCUUUGUUUUUGUUCUCAGGCCAAGGCAAUAACAGUAUUGUUUUGGCACUAUCUGGUGGUAUCUUGGUGCUGAAGUGAAUUGAGGAGCUUCAUUUAGAAGUAGUCUUUUGCCACCCUCAUGUGGCAUCUACAGGCAAUUACAGUACAAUAUAAAUCUUUUUUAGGGGGGCGUCAAUUACUCGCAGAUUUUCGCUAUUCGCAGCAGAGCUUGGUCCGUACCCCACGUGAAUACUGUAAGAAAAUAUGUAGCUAAAUCAUAAAAAGACAGAGACUGCUCAUGUGAGGCAGAUACAUGUUCCAUCCAUUGUAACCCAACAUAACAAUUCACUGUCAAGCGAUUAGCCAACAUCAGUGUGUCUAGCUUCACUUUUUCAAAGGCCUCCUCUCAAACAGACGCCUCAUUCAAAUAAAUGACCCAGGCCACUGUUUGAGGAAAUAGUUUUCAGUUGCAGUAUCCCCUUUUUCUUCCAAUUUUUAGGCGCAUCGUCGCUCAUGUAACACUUUCUUGCAGGGUACUUUUUACUGAUAUAACCCGAAGUAUGUGUGUAAUGGCACUACUGUACUGUAUGUCCAAAAAGAGCAAACCAUUCCACCUGUGUUUGUGAAUUAACAAAAGCAAUUAAGAGUCUAGGUUUCUUGCUCAGGAUCGAGAGCGUCUAGCUGGCUAGACACACUGACUAGUGGAUAGCGAAGCUUGUAUUGUAAUUGUAUUUAUUUAUUUAUUUUGUUUUUUUCUUUUUCUUUUUUCUUUUUCUUUUUUUUUUUUCUUUUGCUGCUCAGGUUUGACGUUGCCGGUUGAGAACAAGAGCUAGGUGGCGACAAAUACAUUGAUUUAUUUAAGUGGCUCUGCUGCUUUUUUUUUUUUUUUUUUUUUUUUUUUUU